ACUACAACAGCCUCUUUCCCCUGGAUGACACUCAGCCCUCUAAACUAAUGCGCCUGCUCAGCAGCAAUGAGGACGAGCCGGCUGCCCUUUCCAGUCCAGGAGACCGGUCUAUGAGCAGCUCGCUGUCUGCCUCGCAGCUGCACACCGUCAACAUGAGGGACCCUCUCAACAGAGUCCUGGCCAACCUGUUCCUCCUCAUUUCCUCCAUCCUGGGCUCCAAGAUGGCCGGACCUCACACCCAGUUUGUGCAGAGUUUUAUGGAGGAGUGUGUUGAGUGCCUGGAGCAGGGGAGCCGGGGGAGCAUCCUGCAGUUCAUGCCCUUCACGAUGGUGAGUUAGCGUCCGGCUGGGAGGGAAGA